AAAGUUGUCAGCUCUUCAAUCCAUUAUUGGAGAGCGUUUAGAGCAUUCGUUCGCCAUAUUGCCGGUGCUUCGUUAUCCAUAAUUGCUUUCUGUCUAAGUUAGAUCCAAGAAUUAGCAUUACUGGAGAUCCUGCACGCAUUGGAUUUUCGCAAGGGAGAAACUUGAAAACGCGCGAAAUCGGUGGAAUAUCGAUUACUUUAGAAUACCAAGCGACGAAGACAGUACAAGGUCUUUAAAAUGGAUGGACAUGUCAAUAAAGGAGAAGAAGCUUCAGGAGAAGAAGAUGAGAAGCAGAAGUUCACAAGAUUUUAUCGUCUACCCAGACUGCGUUUCACUAACUUCAUGCAGUUUAUGCUUGUUGCUGACCUAUGCUCAUCAAUGGUUCUCUGGCUUGUGGGAGGAGACACAAAAUAUUUUGAGAACCACAUAACACGCUUCACUGUGCGAGACAGUGUCAUAGACUUGGCCGUGUUGUCCUUUGUGAGAUGUAGUAUUUCAUUUUUUGUUUAUGGUUGGCUAGAAGAUGUGACGCUCAUACAAAUUGACCACCCUUAUGAGCCUUCMAUAUCAAAGAAAAAAUGUCUGUAUCAUGUUGUUGUUCUUUUCUGGAGUGUUGGAUCCUUGGCAUACAGCAUUACUAAAGGUGUUCUCAUCUAUAAUGUCUUAUCAGACAGUUCACAUAAACUACAUGUCACAUAUUAUGCUYUAAUAAUAAGCUCUAUAAGCUUCUGUUUCCUGGAAGCUAUUGGUGGUCUUUUAUCUUUCCCAAUGAUGAAGAAGCUUAAGGUUCAACGUAUACUUAUAACUCCAAAUGAUGAAUCCAAAGAAAAACCUAAAAAGAAGGUCAACGUAAGGAGACUUGCAAGUCUUGCAAAACCUGAAGCAGGCAUUAUAUUUAUUGCCUCAAUUGCAAUGUUGAUUUCAACUGGUUCUCAAAUUGCKGCUCCCUACUUUUUUGGAAUGGUMAUCACUGCWUCAAUGGAGAAUGGGAUGGCACAUCUGAAUAGAACCAUCCUUUACCUAUUGGGGAUUUAUAUUGGAGGCUCAAUAGGAUCAAUGAUAAGGGCCUGGCUGUACACAUUAGCUGGUCAACGAYUGGUAGCUAGAAUCAGAAAACAGCUCUUCAACGCUAUWAUGAGACAAGAAGUGGCAUUUUUUGAUACCAACAGAACUGGAGAGCUUAACAAUCGCCUUUCGUCUGAUACUCAAGUUAUCCAAAAUGCAAUUACUGUAAAUAUCUCCAUGUUGCUAAGAUACAUUCUGCAAAUUGUUGGAUCSAUCAUCUUCAUGUUCACAUUGAGCGCAAAGCUUACUGGGGUGCUGGUGUCAGUGGUUCCUGUUAUYGGCAUUGGUGCUCAACAAUAUGGGCGGUUUAUUCAAGGAAUCAGUAAAAGGUUUCAAGAUGAAAUUGCUAAUGCAGCAACCAUUUCAGAGGAGUCCGUCAGUAAUAUUCGUACAGUGAGAUCUUUCUCACAAGAAAAAAAGUCCACGACACAGUUUGCUGAAGCCAUUCAUAAAAGCUACAAACUUGGAGCAAAGCUAGCUGCUGCAUCAGGUAUAUUUAAUGGGAUUGUGAUGUCCUUAGCACAGGCUGCUAUAGUACUUGUUCUAUGGUAUGGUGGUAAACUUGUCAAUCAAGGAGAGCUAAAUGUUGGUAUUCUCACAGCUUUCAUGUUGUAUACACUUAAUGUUGCAAUGGCAUUUGCGUUCCUGUCAUCACUGUACGGAGACUUCAUGAAGGCUGUUGGUGCUUCACAUCGUAUGUUUGAAAUAAUGGAUCGCGUCCCAGACAUGGAUAGUGGGGAUCUGCAAUUAGAUACCAUAAACAAAGAAAUAGUUUUUAAUGACGUCUGUUUCCAUUAUCCAACAAGAACUGAGACAGAGGUUCUUAAGAGCCUUAGUUUCAAGAUCGCGCCAGGUGAAACUGUCGCCCUUGUCGGUCCAUCAGGCGGUGGAAAGUCAACUGUUAUCAGCCUAUUGGAACGUUUUUAUGAUCCAGUACGUGGUGUCAUAAAAAUUGGAAAUGUUGGUAUCCCAACACUUGAUGUCACAUGGUACAGACGAAAGCUUGCUCUAGUCAGCCAGGAACCUGUUCUGUUUGCAACAACUAUUGCUGAAAAUAUCGCAUAUGGAAGAGAGGCCACGCAAGAAGAGAUAGAAGAUGUUGCUCGCCAAGCCAACGCACAUGACUUCAUAUCAUCAUUUGAGAGCGGUUACCAGACCGAGGUGGGUGAACGAGGUGUCAAACUUUCAGGUGGUCAAAAACAACGUGUUGCUAUAGCAAGAGCUUUGCUGAUGAAUCCACAAGUACUUCUACUAGAUGAGGCUACGAGUGCUCUCGAUGCAGAGAGUGAGUAUUUUGUCCAGGAAGCCAUUGACCGGGCAAUGGUAAACAGGACAGUGCUGGUCAUAGCACAUCGACUCUCCACAGUCCGAAAUGCUGAUAUGGUUCUUGUCAUGGACAAAGGCAAAAUCGUAGAACGAGGCAGCCAUGAUGAUCUCAUUGCUCUUAAUGGUGUCUACAAGAAGCUGGUACUUCGUCAACUCACCGGUAACGAAGCGGUAGUGCCCGACGACGAAGGAAUACCCGCUCCAAAGGAUGUGACCAUGGACUAGAUAGCUGUAGUUUGACUUUUCUCUAGUCAGAGUCACAAUCCGUAAAAUAGGUGUUUUUGUCCUCAUCCUCACUACUUUAAUUAACUUGGUGAUUGUAGACUUUUUAUAACCCUUCAGACUAUAAACGUCUGCUUUUAUUUAAAUAUUUCAUUUAUCCGAAAGUAAUGUUUACAAAGCGAUAAGAAACUGAUUUUAUAAGAGUCAGUUUCAAAAACCAGCACUAUUUCUCAACUCGGACUGAAUUACUAAUUUUGCUACGCCAUUGCUCAUAUCUUGAAGCAGUAUGUUUUCUACCAAAUUUUGAAACGGUUGUUCCGCAAAAAGUGUUAAAUUCUCGUGAGGCAAGCUUCACUUUGUUCACCUCCAUUGACUACAUUUUCUUUCCUUGUCUCUUGAAGUGUAAACAAGGACCAAUUCUGACUCGGACUAUUACUGUAGUUUGAUGUUAGAGAGAUAAGCAUGCUAGAGAGAUAAAUAGAGGAUAUUAUACAUGGGCGCGCGGAGAUACGGAUUUUAUCUUCGAGUGUUGAAAAGAUCUCUCACGAGUGAGCGUAGCGAACUCGUGAGAGAUUUUCAACACGAGAA